CUGAGGGUAUGUGUCUGGAGUGAGUUGGGGGACAUUUUGGGGGUGUCUUUCUUGUAUCUCAUGGGCAGGCAGGUUAUUUACCUGUGUGUAUGGCUGUGGCUGUUUUGCGAAAGGCAACAGCCCACAGUGGCUGAGUUCACUCUUAUUUGGUGGGGUCUUCCUGGCUUGCCUGUGCGUAUGUACAUUUUUUGUUGCAGAGUUUCUAUGCCAGGUUGACAUUCUUACAUAUCCUGGUGGGGAGGGGGAUUUUUUGGACCCUCUGAUCACUCCUCCCCUCUCCUGGGUAAAUAGUUUUUGCUGAGAAAGAGCAGACCUGAUGCCUAUGAAAAUUUGUGAGGAGUGGACCAGAACCAGGUGUCCACAGGCCUUUGGGAGAGCACAUUUGCUUUCUGGUUCUGCUUGCUAGCUUCCCAUUAGUUCAUAUGGUUGGCAGCUGCAAGAACAGGAUGCUGGAGUAUGAUGGGCUUCUGGCUUGAACCAGUAUUUCAUGGAGGGGUCAAACUGCAGUAACGUUGUGACUCUGCUGUGUGAUUACUGGGCCGUUCCUCUGCCUGGGCCAAUGCUAGAUCUGGAAGUGGUUCCCGAGCGAUCUCUUGGGAAUGAACAAUGGGAAUUCACCUUGGGAAUGCCAUUGGCUCAGGCUGUAGCAAUUCUUCAGAAACACUGUCGUAUCAUAAAAAAUGUCCAGGUUCUCUACAGUGAACAGUCUCCUCUUAGCCAUGACCUCAUCCUUAACCUGACUCAGGACGGAAUCAAACUGCUGUUUGAUGCUUUCAAUCAAAGACUCAAGGUGAUUGAAGUUUAUGACUUGACUAAAGUGAAGUUAAAAUAUUGUGGUGUCCAUUUUAACUCUCAGGCUAUUGCUCCAACCAUAGAACAAAUUGAUCAGUCUUUUGGAGCAACACAUCCAGGAGUGUACAACUCUGCUGAACAACUUUUCCACCUCAACUUCAGAGGACUGUCUUUUUCCUUUCAAUUGGACUCAUGGACUGAAACUCCAAAGUAUGAGCCAAACUUUGCCCAUGGCCUAGCUUCCCUGCAAAUUCCCCAUGGUGCAACUGUGAAACGUAUGUACAUCUAUAGUGGAAACAGUCUGCAAGAUACCAAGGCUCCUAUGAUGCCCCUCAGCUGUUUCCUUGGAAAUGUGUAUGCAGAGAAUGUUGAUGUUCUGAGAGAUGGAGCUGGGCCCUCAGGUUUACGGCUUCGCUUACUCACUGCAGGUUGCGGCCCUGGUGUAUUAGCUGAUGCCAAGAUGCGGGUAUUUGAGCGCUGUGUUUAUUUUGGUGAUUCGUGCCAAGAUGUUCUGAGCACUUUGGGGUCUCCUCACAAAGUUUUCUACAAGUCAGAAGAUAAGAUGAAAAUUCAUUCACCCUCGCCUCACAAGCAGGUCCCUUCAAAGUGCAAUGACUACUUCUUCAACUACUUCACACUUGGAGUGGAUAUCCUUUUUGAUGCAAAUACUCACAAAGUGAAGAAAUUUGUUCUACAUACUAACUACCCUGGUCAUUACAACUUCAAUAUUUACCAUCGUUGCGAAUUCAAGAUUCCACUAGCCAUUAAACGAGAUAGCACCGAUUCACAGACAGAAACCUGCACAACCUAUAGCAAGUGGGACAAUAUUCAGGACCUUCUUGGACAUCCUGUAGAGAAGCCAGUGGUACUUCACAGAUCAUCCUCUCCAAACAACACAAAUCCAUUUGGGUCAACGUUUUGCUUUGGACUGCAGCGAAUGAUCUUUGAGGUGAUGCAGAAUAACCACAUAGCUUCUGUUACUCUCUAUGGCCCAGCAAGACCCAGCAGCCAGUUGAAAAUGUCAGAUCUUCCCCAGUGAGCGAUAUCAGCUAAUCAAAAUGCUACAAAAUUAGUACAGCGUGCCUUGAUUUGCUGCCACUUAUAAUAUGGAAAAGCACGGUAUGAUGGACAUGUGUGUGUGUGUUGUGUGUGUGUGUGUGUUCAAAAACUGUCUUUUGCCACCUGUGCAUGGAGCAGGAUGGGAAAUCCUCUUGACUGUUCAUCACAGGGCAUGGAAAUGAGCAAUUAGGUGCCUGUCGCCGUUGAUUUUUCUCCUCUCAGUUGCCCUCAUCCUUUACCGUGUGGAUGUAAACAGACUGGUCUUUCUUUCCUGGGCUGGAAAAAGGAUGAGCUUUAAAUGAGAGGGCACACAAAUGACUGCACGACUUAGAAGCACAAACUUUCUGAGCCUUGGAGCAUCUGGAAGCAGGUAUUGGAUAUAUUUUUUUCCGGUCUGUGUUUGUGUAAACUGUAAUGGUAGUCAUGUUUUUUAAAGGACAACAAUGUAUGUGUGGGUGUGUAUACACACACAUAGACACACCCCUUAUAUAUAGGUGUAUAUAUAAAAUAAAGUACAUGGGUAUUUCUGUGGCUAAGACAUCGUACCAAAUGUGACAAGUAUGUAUAUAUACGUGUCCAUGAUUUCAGGCAUCACAUGUUUGUCUGAUGUUGAAACAAGUGCAAAGCAGCAUGUGCAUAAGACUUGGUUGUAACAUUUUUGCACUACAUACACUUUAAUUACUUGAUAAUACAUUUUAAUAUUCACUGAGGAGCAUCUGUGUACUGGGCGUGAGUGGGGUACGAUGGUUUAUUUAAUUGUUUGCCACGCAUAAAGCUUAUUUAUACAGUGGGGAAGAAUCCCACCUUUUCUGCACUAAUAUUUACUUGACAUGCUGAAGCGACUUAUUUUCUGCCAUGCCUGGUUAACUAAUGUGUUUUUUAUAUAUACCGUGUCCAUAAGGAGAAGGGGGGGAAGUCGAGUAGAUUAUUCCUCUGAAUUAUGUCUGUCUUAAGGGUUUUGAUACCAUUUUUGCUUGUACAUAAAACAGGAGGGGAAAGUAUUUGGUCCUGUAAGAGUAAACACAGUUGUCUCGUCUUGCAAUUGUGUGACAAGCAUCAAUUUAGGAUUUCUUACUUCCUCUUCCUUGUCCUGUAGAGUAGGGGUAGGAGAGGAAGUGGGGUGCAGCACUGAGAACUGCUCCCACCCAAGUCUCAUCAAAAUGAAAUUAAAGUUGUGCAGCCUUAAUGCAAGAGAAGUUUCCCAAGAGGCUUCCACGGGACACGAUCCUGGCAGAUUGCGCUCUGGGUGAUUACGUACAUAGCACAUUGGAGAGGGGAGGAAUUGCCUCUCUUUCCACCCCUCCCAUCUCUCUCUCAUCUUCUUUUUAAAUUUAAUGCCAAAAUGUUAGCCAAAGAGAUCCUUAAUCUUGAUUCAGCAUUUCUGUACAUACAUAGUUCUGCACACUCUGCCCCUCCACCCCCAGCAGACAGGAGAUCAGCGGCUUCCAGUUAGAGACUCUGCAGUCAUUAUCUCAAGUGGAUCUGGGGUUUGCAGCUCUCUUACCAGUCUUAUUGUGGGGAAAGUAGAUAGUCUCUGUCUGUCUCGGUCAUCUUUGAAAUAUUGACCCUUUUUAAAAUGGGAGAGAAAGAGAGAGAAAAGAGAAAUGUAUAAUUUUAUCCCAUUUUUAAUAUUUUGGUGUAGCAACUUGUGAUAUAUAGACGAUUUUUUGUGGGUUUUGCAAAUGCGUGUACAGAUUUUGUAAAUACGAAACCUUUUGUAAUUUUAACGCCAUGUACAGUGUAAUCCUGUAUAGUUUACCAACGAAUGGGAAAUAGGGAAUUUUAGGAUGUUUAACUAAACGUUUUGGAUCCUGGACCAGUAGCAGGGAUAAGUGUGCGUGUGCGUGUUGCGUAUAUUUGUGGGUAUGGGUGAUCUCCUUUUCUCCAUUUAGUCUUCCUGUAUACUGUGACAUUCUAUACUGUUUUACUUAAAAAGAAAUAAAGGAAGCCCCACUGAGAAUUUAAUGGAUUUCAGGAAAACAGAUUUUUGUUUUACCUUUAUUUCUAGAUGUUGCUCUUCUUCAUAAUGUACUGUUCCCCCGCCCAUGAUCAUUGCUUGCUGAGAAAAUCCCCCAAUUCUUUCCUUUCUAACAUGAAUUCUGUUUUUCAUAAGCCUCUUGUAAAUUAUAUGAAAUGAAUAACUAGCAUGUACAUUGAAAGGACAAAUAAAAUGAGUCUCAGUUACUGUGUUGUUUAAAUACAGUUGCUGAGUGUCUGUAUUUUGCAAUUAA